UGAAUUUCUACCGAAAUGAAACUGAAAACCAGCAGAAUUAUUUUAGUCUUUUCCCCUUCUGGAUGUUGCUGCAAACAGAAAGGUUUUGAUCUACAUUAACCAGGUGUAAGCAGAAAUGAGAAAGAACAUGGAAAACUAUCGAAUGUCAGAAAAUGGAGAUUCCUCCUCCAGGUCAUCUGUUUCACAUUUCUUCUCCGUACCUAAGCUCACAGGUACAGACAUGUACCAUGUUUUCGUAAGCUUCAGUGGAGCAGACUCGGUAUGGGUGCAUCAGCUUAUCCGCAAGCUGGAGGCUACAUUUCCAAACCUUAUAAUCUGUACUCACGAUCGGGACUUCACUGCCGGAAAGACCAUCAUAGAAAACAUGACCGAGUGCAUUCAGAGCAGUCAAAAAAUUCUUAUGGUGAUGAGCCCAGAUUUUGUGCACAGUCGGUGGUGUCUCUUUGAAGCCAACCUCUCUAUGUUCCAGGACUGUAUGUCACAUAAAGUCAUCGUUCCCGUCAUGCUCAAGCCAUGUCCAAUGCCCCUUUAUCUCAGCCACUUAACUUACUUAGAAGUUGAAGAUGAGCAGUUCUUUGAAAAACUGUGCAACAGGCUGCUGAGGAACAAGGCUAAAGAACCUGAAGAUGUCUUGGUUCACUUCCAGUCAUCCAUACUAUAUGGUGGGAAGCAGCUGCUAUCUCUGGCAGCUGUAAAUGAAAACGAUGAUGACGUCAGUAAUGGAGUUUUCUCUGACACUUGUGUGCUGGACUCCCUCAAAGCAGUCGUGAAAGAUCCUGAAAUAUUCAAGAAAGCUAUUCGAGUGAUAAACGAUACUCCAACUGAUUUCUUGAACUCAAAAUUGAUUUAUAUCUGUAUAGCAAUUUGCUUUAUUUUUAUAGUUUCUCUUUCUCUGAUGGCAUUCAUAUCAGCAUGUGUUACCCAAAAUUGGUUUCACUUCCUGCACUUACCAAUGAGUUUAAUUCCAGUAGGUUUUGCAUCGUAUAAAAUGGAAUAUUGGAAAAAGUUUAUGCUUGAGAAGGUUAUCCAGAACAUGAGCAGAAGUACUGGUGAGGCCAAUCUACAUUUAGCUGAAACUUCAGUCCUCGCUGGUUGUUCUUCAAAGUCCAGUUUGGUUUUUAUUUUUGCAUCUCUAAAAGAAUGUAAAGAAUUGUUCCAAAUUACCUUCGAGCGUGAUACUGAUCUGGCAAAAUGUAUGUGGGAAAAAGCCAUAACCAAUUAUUCUUCUGAUUAUGCCAAUUGUAUGGCCAAGAAACACUUUCCUAGCAGUGACCCACAGCCUCCUGGACAUCUAGUAAAUGGCAUCUGUUUCUGCCAGUAUGUGGCCAUGCAGAUAACACAAGGCCGCUGGCCUUAAAG